AUGAGCGACGACGGGUCACCCCCAGAUCCGGUGCUCGAAGUCCCUCCACCAACUGAAAUCAAGGUAUUGGAGACAGCCGAUGACAUCCAGAACAGAAGAACGGAAGUCCUCACUCAUUAUGGCCAAUUUAAAGACUUUGCGAAACUGAAGAGAGACCGACUGGAAGAGGCCAGACAGUUCCAAUACUUUAAGAGAGAUGCCGAUGAAUUGGAAGUGUGGAUCUUGGAGAAGUUGCAGACUGCUUCAGAAGAAUCAUUUAGAGAUCCAACCAAUCUUCAGGUAACAUUGAACUCUUCGUCUUCUUACAGUCUUUUAGGCUAAAAUCCAAAAGCAUGAAGCUUUUGUGGCCGAAGUGGAAGCACAUUCGAAUGCCAUCAAGAACUUGGAUAAGACUGGAAACGACAUGAUUGCUCAUGGUCAUUAUGAAAAGGAAACCAUCAGAGUAAGAAAAUCUUGUCUUGAGGCUGUUUCAGCUGAUCAUAAAUAAUCUUCCCGAUUACAGAAGAGACUCGAUCGUCUUCAUGAGCUUUGGGACCAACUGUUCUUUAAGCUCAAUGACAAAGGAAUCAAAUUGCAACAAGCCUUGAAACUUUUACAAUUCAUCAGACAAUGCGAUGAAAUGCUCUACUGGAUAAGAGAUAAGGAAACGUUUGUCAAUUCGAAUGAUUUUGGAACUGAUCUCGAGCACGUGGAAGUCAUGCAAAGAAAAUUUGAAGAAUUCCUUAAAGAACUGGAGAACCAUCAAUACAGAAUCACAGAGAUAAAUCAGGCAGCCGAUGAUCUCGUCCAUGAAGGCCAUCCGGAGCAAAGUCAGAUCUACGACAAAAGAGAUGAAGUCAUCAAGGCUUGGCACAAUCUCGGAACUUUGACUGCUAACAGGUAAGCAGACCUUUGUUGUUUAGCUCACAUUCAUGCUUUUUAGACGCGAAGGACUCUUCGGUGCGCAACAAAUCCAAAGAUUCAACAGAGAUGUCGACGAGACAUUGGGAUGGAUUGCUGAGAAGGAGGCUGUCUUGGCCAGUGAUGACUAUGGCAGGGACCUGAACAAUGUACAAGCUCUUCAGAGGAAGCAUGAAGGAACGGAGAGAGAUCUAGCAGCUCUGGAAUCAAAGGUGAGAAUUGGUUUCAUAAACUCAAUCAAAAAAGUAAAUGUUGCGUAUAUAAGUAUGGCAAUUUCAGAUGGAGAAAGUCGCAGCCGAAGCGGAACGUCUGGCACAAUUGUAUCCGGAUAAAGCUAAUGACAUCGAACAAAAACUUCAAGAGGCCCAAUCCAGAUGGGAUGCACUUAAAUUGAAAGCCCAUGAAAGAAAACGAAACCUUGACAAGUCUUAUAAUUUACACCGAUUCUUGGCUGAUUACCGUGAAUUAAUUGACUGGAUCCGAGGAAUGAAAACUUUGAUCUCAUCCAGUGAGUUGGCCAAGGAUGUGGCCGGUGCUGAAGCCCUGCUAGAGAACCAUCAGGAACAUAAAGGAGAAAUCGAUGCCCGUGCCGACAGCUUCGCUCAAACCUCUGAAUCUGGCCAAAGACUUCUUAACGAAGGACUGACUGAUAAGAGUGAUCAAGUCCGAGAUUAUUUGAAGACUCUGGCCUCUGAACAAUCCGAAUUGGAGAAACUCUGGGAAGAACGCAGAAUUCUCUACGAACAAUGCAUGGAUCUCCAACUCUUCUAUAGAGAUACAGCUCAAGCCGAAAAUUGGAUGACAAAACAAGAAGCUUUCUUGGCCAAUCAAGAUCUGGGGGAUUCGCUUGACAGUGUUGAAAGUCUUUUGAAGAAACACGAGGAUUUCGAGAAAUCAUUGGCCGCUCAAGAAGAGAAGAUUCGGGCAUUGGAUGAAUUUGCUACAAAGCUCAUUGAAGGCCAACAUUACUCUUCGGAUGAUGUUGCUAAGAGGAGACAAUCCCUUCUCGACAGAAGAACUCAACUUAUCCAUAGAGCCAAUGAAAGAAGAGCGCGUUUGGAGGAAUCUUUCAAACUUCAAUCAUUCGAUCGAGACUGCGAUGAAAUGCUCAGCUGGAUCAAUGAGAAGUUGAAGACUGCCAAAGACGAGAGUUACCUAGACCCCACCAAUAUUCGCGGAAAACUCCAGAAGCACGCCAACUUCGAACAAGAACUUCGUGCAAACAGAAAUCGGCUGGAUGAAUUGAAGGCCGAAGGUCAACGACUAGUCGAUGGAGGCCAUUAUGCAAGUGAUCACGUCAACAACAGACUCUCUGAAGUCGACAAUCUUUGGGCCGACUUGGUUGAUGCCACUCAACGCAAGGGAAUUAAGCUAAAUGAAGCCCAUGAAGAGCAGCAAUUUAAUAGGAACAUUGAAGAUGUCGAGAUCUGGCUCAGUGAACUGGAAGGGCAGCUUCAGAGCGAAGAUUUUGGAAAAGAUCUCAUCAGCGUCCAGAAUCUGCAGAAAAAGCUAUCUUUGCUUGAAAACGAUUACAAUGCCCACAACGACCGAAUUGAGAACAUUAAACGACAAGCUGAAGAAUUUGCCCAGAGCGAACAUUUCAACGCUCCAAUCAUCGUGAGGAAACAGGAACAGUUAAACCUUCGAUUCGAUCAGUUAAGCGAGCCCUUGACCAAGAGAAAGAAGAAGCUGGAUGACUCUCUUGAAGGGAACAAACUGUUCCGUGACAUCGAAGACGAGUUGGCCUGGAUAAGAGAGAAGGAGCAAAUCGCCGCCAGUACCAACCGAGGUCGUGAUCUGGUUGGUGUCCAAAACCUUAUAAAGAAACAAGCUGCUUUAAUCGCCGAAAUAAACAACCACGAACCUCAGAUGGAAUCCGUGGCUCAAGCCGCGGAGGAUAUGAUCAACAGCGGUCAUUUCUUAGCUGUCGAUAUUCGUGACAAGUUGGCCCAACUGAGAGACAAUUGGAGAAACCUCAAGAACAAGGCCGAGAAACGACGCCAAGAUCUGGAUGACUCUUGCCAAGCCCAUCAAUACCUGGCCGAUGCUACUGAAGCUGAAUCGAGAAUGCGAGAAAAGGAGCCGGUCGUCGGAUCUACCGAUUAUGGCAAGGACGAAGACAGCGCUGAGUCCCUCUUGAAGAAGCACCGUGCUCUCAUGUCAGAUCUUGAAGCCUUUUAUUCAACCAUUGAGAACCUCCGACAAGAAGCCGGUAAAUGCAAAUAUCAAGAACAACCAGGCGGUCAAUUGGGCAAAGAAUGCGUCGUAGCUCUCUACGAUUACACAGAGAAAUCACCCCGCGAAGUCUCCAUGAAGAAAGGAGACAUCCUAACCUUGUUGAACUCGACGAACAAGGACUGGUGGAAAGUGGAAGUCAACGAUCGUCAAGGCUUUGUUCCCGCUUCUUAUGUGAAGAAGAUCGAGCCAGGAUCGCAGCAUCAUCACCAAGCUUUGGCACAACAGCCGCCGAAUACAAUUAAUGCCAAACAACAACAAAUUGAAGAUCAAUAUCAGCGACUCCUUCAACUCGGAGAACAGAGAAAGAGAAAGUUAGAAGAAGCCUGCAAAGGUUACCAACUUUUACGAGAAGCUAAUGAUUUGGCUGAUUGGAUUCGAUCCAGAGAAACUGUUGCCUCCCAACAAGAGAUCGGUACGGAUCUUGAACAAGUUGAGGUUCUUCAGAAGAAGUUCGAUGACUUUAAGGGAGACAUGAAAGCAAAUGAGAUCAGACUCAACGAAAUGAACCAGAUCGCCACUGCUCUGAUUAAUAUCGGGCAAACCGAAACUGCCGUUAAGAUUCGUCAACAAAUUGAUGACUUGAAUCAACGCUGGAAAGCUCUUGAACAGAAGGCAGAACAGAGAGAGCAGCAACUUGACUCGGCUCAUGAGGUUCAACGGUUCCACCGUGACAUUGACGAGACUAAGGACUGGAUCCAGGAGAAGAACGAAGCUCUCGAUUCGGAUGACUUCGGCCGUGAUCUCCGCUCAGUCCAAGCUCUUCAACGGAAGCAUGAUGGUGUUGAGAGAGACUUGGCGGCACUUGGAGACAAGAUCAAGACACUUGAUGAGAAAGCCAACAAGCUCAGACAAACUCAUCCCGAAGCUGCGGAGCAAAUUUACGACCUCCAACGGCAAAUCAACGAGCAAUGGAAUCAUCUCACCCAGAAGGCAAAUUCCAGAAAAGACAAACUUCUUGACAGCUACGAUUACCAACGAUUUCUUAGCAAUUACCGCGACCUCAUGCAGUUUAUCGCCGGUAUGCGUCAAUUAGUUUCCUCAGACGAGUUGGCGAAUGAUGUGACGGGGGCUGAAGCGCUGCUGGAGAGACAUCAAGAUUACCGUACUGAGAUUGACGCCCGCGCCCCAAGUGUGCAAGCUUUCCAACAGUUUGGUAAGCAACUGAUGGACAACAAGCAUUAUGCCACGGAUGACAUCAGACAGAGAAUCGAGGACAUUGAACAAGCUCGUCAAGAUUUGGAACAAGCGUGGGUCAACCGAAGAAAGGUGCUCGACCAAUGCCUUGAACUUCAACUAUUCUACCGUGAAUGCGAACAAGCUGACACGUGGAUGACAGCCCGUGAACAGUUCUUGAAUGCCGAUGAUGGCACUGACAACGUGGAGUCGUUGAUAAAGAAGCACGAAGACUUCGACAAGGCCAUCGCGUCUCAGCAGGAGAAGAUUAAUGGUCUUCGUGAGUUCGCCAAGGAAUUGGCUUCAGGCGAUCACUAUGAUAAGGGCGUAAGUUAAAAGGACUUUUUUCGUAAUCAAAUCAUUCAGGCAAUUGACAAGAAGCAGGCCGAGAUCCUGGAUCGUUGGGAAGGUCUCAAAGGGGCCCUAAUUGAGAAGAGAUCCAAACUCGGAGAGUCGCAAACACUCCAACAAUUCAGUCGAGAUGCCGAGGAAGUCGAGAACUGGAUUGCCGAGAAAUAUCAGAUCGCACAGGAAGAGAGUUACCGCGAUCCAACCAAGAUACAACAAAAGUAUCAGAAACAACAGGCAUUCGAAGCAGAGCUUACUGCCAACGCUGAUAGGAUUGCCGUUCUUCUGAAUGCCGGUGAAAACCUCAUUACCAAUGCCAAAUGUGGAGGUGGUGAAGUCGCUGUAUCCGACAAACUAAAAUCAAUGAAAGAACAAUGGGAUCUUCUGAUGAAAACGACCACAGAGAAGAGUUAUCGGUUGAAGGAGGCCAACAAACAGAAGAGCUUCAUGGCUGCCGUCAAGGAUCUUGAGUUCUGGUUGGGUGAGGUUGAGACUCUCUUAGCUUCAGACGACUAUGGCCGUGAUCUUGGAUCCAUCGAGAAUCUCCUGAAGAAACACCAGUUGCUCGAGGCUGAUAUCGCCGCUCAUGUUGAUCGACUCCAUGAAAUGGAUCAACAGGCUGAUUCCCUUCUUGUUUCCGAGCAAUUUGACAAUGCCCAGAUCAACGAACGUCGUAACGCCAUUAAGGAUCGUUAUGAUGAGGUUAAGAUAAAGGCCGCUGAACGCCGCGAGAAGCUGAAUAAAGCUAUCAAUGUCCACCAAUUCCUUCGCGAUAUCGACGAAGAAGAGAGCUGGAUCAAGGAGAAGAAACUCUUGGUCAGCAGUGAUGACUAUGGCCAUGAUUUGGCUGGGGUUCAAAACCUUCGUAGAAAGCAUCGCCGAUUAGAUAAUGAAUUGGCAACCCAUGAACAAGUUGUUCAGAAUGUAAAGUCCAAAGGAAUCGAACUCUUGGAAGCCACCGACAUUGGAGGUCCCGAAAUCAGGCAAAGAAUGCUGGCAUUGGAAGACAGCUGGAAACAGAUCGUUGACCUGACGACGGACCGUGACCAGAAACUCAACGAAUCUGAAGCUUUCCAAAACUUCAUCGGAAAGGUCGAAGAAGAGAGAGCAUGGCUAAACGAAAAGCAGCAGAUUCUCAGCGGUCCCAACUUCGGAGAAAACAUGGCUGCUGUACAAGGCCUUCUGAAGAAACAUGACACCUUCGACACAGAUCUCGAGACUCAUCAAAAAAGAAUUGAUGACAUUGCUGUCCUAGGAAAAGAUCUGAUAAACCAAAAGAACCAUCAUGGACCUGAGAUUGAACAACGAGUGCAGCAACUCCGUCGCGACCUUGAUAAUGUUCGUUCAUUGGCCAAGGAGAGACGAAUUAAGCUUCAAGACAACAGUGCUUACCUCCAGUUCAUGUGGAAGUGCGACGUGGUAGAGAGUUGGAUUGCCGAGAAAGAAGCCCAUGUCAGAUCCGAGGAUUACGGUAGAGAUCUCUCGUCCGUUCAACUUCUUCUCACUAAGCAAGAGGCUUUUGAUGCCGGAUUGAAUGCUUUCCAACAAGAAGGUAUCCAGAGAAUCACCGAGCUCAAGGACCAGUUAGUGGCGGGUGAUCACAAACAGACCCCUGAGAUCGAACGUCGUCAUAAAAACGUUAUCCAAAGAUGGCAACAUCUUCUGGCGAACUCCGUUAACCGAAGAAAGAGACUUAUGGAUACCCAAGCCGAAUACAAGAAGGUAGAGGAGCUCUUUUUGAGCUUCGCCAAGAAGGCCUCCGCUUUCAAUUCGUGGUUUGAAAACGCAGAAGAGGAUCUAACUGAUCCCGUUAGAUGUAACUCGUUGGAUGAGAUAAGAACCCUUCGAGAAGCUCAUGCCGAAUUCCAGAAGUCUUUAGUGUCAGCGGAGAAAGACUUUAGACAACUUCAAGAGCUUGAUCGCCAAAUUAAGACCUACAAUGUUGGCCCUAACCCUUACACUUGGUUUACCAUGGAAGCUUUGGAAGAUACGUGGAGGAACCUACAGAAAAUUAUCCAAGAACGUGAUGCCGAACUGGUUAAGGAGCAUAUUCGGCAAGAACAGAAUGACAAACUGCGACAAGAGUUUGCUCAGAUCGCCAACAGUUUCUACCAGUGGUUGGCCAACACUAGAUCCGAGAUGUUGGAGACUCAUGGAUCUCUAGAACAACAACUGGACAUGCUCAAGCGAAAGACCCAAGAGAUCAAAGGCCAGAGAGAUCACCUCUCUCAGAUCGAGCAAUUGGGUGCCGCCCUCGAGGAAAGGCUAAUCCUUAACAAUCGCUAUACAGAACAUUCUACUGUGGGCCUUGCACAGGCUUGGGAUCAGAUCGAUCAGUUGGCGAUGAGAAUGCAACACAGUCUGGAGCAACAGAUCCAGGCCCGAAACCACUCCGGAGUCAGCGAAAAGGCACUUCGAGACUUCUCCAUGAUGUUCAUGCACUUCGACAAGGUAUGGAAACGACAUACAUCAAAUGAAACGUUUUUAGGACAAAACUGGCCGUCUGGAUCAUCAAAGUUUCAAAUCUUGCUACCGAUCUCUUGGUUACGAUCUUCCUACUGUGGAUGAAGGCCAGAAUGAACCGGAGUUCCAGAGAAUCUUGGAUAUUGUAGACCCCAACAGGUAAGAGAUCUCUCCAACAAAAACGUUCUCUUCUAGGGAUGGAUAUAUUACUCUGCAAGAAUACAUGAGCUUCAUGAUCAACAAAGAAACCGAGAACGUUAACUCUAGUGAGGAUAUCGAGCGUGCCUUCAGGGCUUUGAGUCGCGAGAUGCGCCCAUAUGUCACCGCCGAAGAACUAUACGCUGUAAGUGGAGAGUCUUUCUUAUGUUUAAAAUCCCAAUACCAAAAUACGUCCUAUUUACAGAAUCUGACGCCAACACAAGCGGAUUACUGUCUCCGUCGAAUGAAACCUUACGUCGAAGCGGGAACGAACCGAACCAUCCAAGGGGCCCUAGAUUACGAAACCUUUGUCCACGAAAUGUUCCAAAGCUAA